CGACCCGUCAUAAGCUUUACGUGGCAGUACCAGUGAAGCUCCCUGUUCAACUUAAAAAUAGCCUCGGCUCUCUCCCCGUUCCCUCUUUGCUUAAGGAAAGCGGGUCUGUUUAGCAUCUCUAUACAGACUCUUGAUGGUGCUGGUGGAUUUAUUAGCGCGUAAUCACUUCAGUUCGAAGCGAGAAUGUUAACGUUUUCCGAGCUCGUCGUCCUGCUCGCUGUUUUGUGCGCUACAGCGAGCGGCUACUUCGUUAGCAUCGAUGCUCACGCGGAAGAGUGCUUCUUCGAGCGCGUGAACUCGGGCACUAAGAUGAGCCUGAUGUUCGAGGUAGCGGAAGGAGGCUUUUUGGACAUCGACGUUGAGAUAACUGGACCAGAUGGAAAGCAGAUUUAUAAAGGAGACCGGGAGUCCAGUGGGAAGUACUCUGUGGCCGCCCAUAUGGAUGGCACUUAUAAAUUUUGCUUCAGCAACAAGAUGUCCACCAUGACUCCUAAAAUCGUGAUGUUCACCAUCGACAUCGGUGAAGCUCCCAAAGGCCAGGACAUGGAGACAGAGGGCGGCGGUGACAGCUGGGAUGCUCAUCAGAACAAGCUGGAAGAGAUGAUCAACGAAUUGGCUGUGGCCAUGACAGCUGUCAAGCAUGAGCAGGAGUACAUGGAGAUUCGGGAAAGAAUACACAGAGCAAUUAAUGACAACACCAACAGCAGAGUGGUUUUGUGGUCAUUCUUCGAAGCCCUGGUGCUCGUUGCCAUGACCCUUGGACAGAUUUACUACCUGAAGAGAUUUUUUGAAGUACGGCGAGUCGUGUAAAAAAAAUAAAUAAAAUAAAUAAAAUAAAUAACCACACUUCCUCUCCACUAUCAAGACAGUCAUUCAGUACUCCAAGGAUUGGCUAUCGUGCCUCAACAACGUUCAGAAGAUUUCUUCUCAUCCGACAUUCAGUUUCCGUUUUUGUCUUUACUUGUGUGUUUGUUUAGAUUUGGUUUAGUUCAUUUGGGGAGCUGUGAUCUUUCAGGCAAAUUUUUGGUGUUCACUUUUAAUUUCUUUUAAAGCCCAGUUCUUACUAAGCUGUUUUAUUUUGUGGAACUCAUUUCUUUUUGCUUCUGGUCUAGUUUAAUCUGCGUACUUAAUAGACAAACGGUGAUAAAGAGGGCGUAUCGGCUGUUGUUUAGAGAAUGCUUCAAGCAUUGCAUGGUGUAAAUUUCACAAUAUUGUCUAAUGUUUUCAAUGAAUGAUUCAGUUGUUAACUUGAAAUGAAAACAAGUGGUCUGAUAAUUGACUUUUCAUGCACACCCUUCUUAGGCUUUUCGACUUCUUUACUUUACAUGGCACAUAAUUAACGUGUAUUAGCCAACCUAUGGAAUAUGACUGUUUACGUAUUAAAAUGGCUUUAUUGUAUUUUCAGACAUUUAAGUAUAAUUUCCAUUUUGCAGGGUUUUUUUUUUUUCUUCUGUUAACUGGGGAGGGGAGUAAUUUAUGUACUUUUUUACUGUUACAUGUCUGUAUGGACAUUUAAUUCUUUAACAUUUGCUAUAGAAAGAAAUUGGUCAUGACUACUGCAGAAUUGAUGGUAAAACUGUACAAUAUUGUAAAGUAGACUGUUCAAGGGAAUUAAAUAUGAACUUGAUUUAAUAAAAUAUGUUCUUUGAAAAUCUCA